AUGAAAUCGGAAGAUUGGAGUUUUGAUGUGAAGAAUAAAUUGGAGGAGCCCUACAUUUAUAAGGAUCAAAAUUCCUUGACCUACAACGAAUCGCCAACCCUUUCCAACUUGGGAGUUCAUAGAAUUGGCAAGUCACACAUCUCCUUUACUCGGGAGCCCAGGUCCAAGAAGGAAGCCCAGUUGCAGUUGGACAACCCAACGGAUAAUUCACAUCUCCUACAUGCCACCACGCACCAUGCAAAAGCUAGGGGGCAUUUGUGGCAUCAGAGGGCCUUUGGCCAACACCCCCCGGGUGUGGUCCCCUUAUUGGUUCUAUUUUGCAGGGAGAAGGAGGCGGCGAAGAAGAAAGGGGAAUAUUUCCAAUCGAAUAUUCUCGUGGGGAAAUUUGUACACACAACGGUGCUGAGAGAGAAAGGAGGUUCUCAACCCAAGUACAAUGGCAAAGGAAUAGUCACCUUUGAAGUACACCAUGGAGGUAGAAUGGUAAAAUCCCCAAACCUCAAUGAGUGGUGGUUUUAUGUGGGGGGGCUUGUUGAUUUUUUGGAUUGGUGUCUUUUGGAAUACAUAAAUUUGUUAGAGAUAUAUGCAUAUGCAAAAGAGCUUGGGCACCAUGACCAAGUGGUUGUGACAGGGAAACAAAAUGGUAAAAAAAUGUGUAUAGAUAGUGAUGCUCAGCUACUUAAUUGGUGUAAUUUGAUGCCUCUUAGCUUUCAAAGAGUGAUUGUCAUUUACUUGGAACACCCAACUGUUAUUAAUGUGGAUGAAUCUGCAGUGGCUUGGAGUGAGAGGGGUCCUAUUGCAAGAAACCUAAUUGCUGAAUUUGAACAGUCUGGUUAUGAGCGUAUGUAUGAGGAGGAUGAAAAGGAUGAGGAGAAUGAGGAGGAUAGCAUUGUUGUUGACAAGGAGAGGACGAGGGUGAUGAAGGUACUGUUCUUGAGGCAUGAAGGUACUGUUCUUGAGGGUAUAAAUGUGGAUGAGGAGGGUGACGAAAGUACUGUUCCGGAUGGUAUAAAUGUGGAGGAUGAAACUAUAUAUGAAGAGGCAGAGAAUGACAAAAAGGCUGAAAAUGAGAGUGAAGACAGUAAGGACCCUAAAUUUUAUGACAGUACAUAUGAGCAAAGUGAAGCUGAACAAUGCUUGCUGGAGAAGGAUGAUAGAGAAUUUGACAACUAUUUUGACCACAAUGCUCUAGAUAUUGAUCCAGCUGCAGAUGAAUGA